CGGUAUUGGAGAGCAUAGUGGCAACGAGAACUGCCUUGGGAGAGUGCAGAGAGUUGUUAUCGAAGAAGAGGGAGAACAGACAGAGGCAGGAGCAAAGCUGGGGGGUGUGUGAGUGUGUUUGUGAGGUCAAAAAAAGGAGCACAACACGGCGUGAAUGAGACAAGCAAGCUGGCGGACUUCAACAUGGCAUCCGGAGAUACGCUGUACAUUGAGGCAGACGGCUCGGAGAUGCCGGCCGAAAUCGUGGAGCUCCACGAGAUAGAGGUGGAAACGAUACCAGUGGAGACUAUCGAGACCACGGUGGUCGGCGGGGAUGACGACGAUGAAGACGACGAAGACGACGACGACGAUGGGCAGCCCAUGAUCGCGCUCCAGCCGCUGGUCUCGGACGACCCCAACUCGAUCCACCACCACCACCAUCACCACCACCACCACCACCAGGAGGUGAUCCUGGUACAGACCCGGGAGGAGGUGGUCGGUGGAGAUGACUCGGACCUGGCCACAGACGGCGGGAGCGGGUUCGAGGACCAGAUCCUCAUCCCGGUACCGACUCCGGGGGUGGAGGACGAGUACAUCGAACAGACUUUGGUGACUGUGGCUGGGAAAAGCUCAGUGGGUCGGAUGAAACGGGGAGGCGGCACUGGUGGCAAGAAAGCGGGCAAAAAGAGCUAUUUAAGCGGUGCGGAGGCUGGCGGAAGAAAAUGGGAACAGAAGCAGGUGCAAAUAAAGACACUGGAGGGGGAAUUUUCUGUUACAAUGUGGGCAUCGGAUGACAAUAAAGACAUUGACCAUGAGUCAGUGGUGGAGGAGCAGAUCGUCGGGGAGAACUCUCCUCCAGACUACUCAGAGUACAUGACAGGGAAGAAGCUGCCCCCUGGUGGUAUCCCGGGCAUCGACCUCUCAGACCCCAAACAGCUGGCCGAGUUUGCCAGGAUGAAGCCCAGGAAAGUCAAAGAGGACGAUGCUCCCCGGACGAUAGCUUGCCCUCAUAAAGGCUGCACAAAGAUGUUCAGGGAUAACUCGGCCAUGAGGAAGCACCUCCACACCCACGGACCCCGCGUGCACGUCUGCGCCGAGUGCGGCAAGGCAUUUGUCGAGAGCUCCAAACUCAAACGUCACCAACUUGUUCACACGGGGGAGAAACCCUUCCAGUGUACAUUUGAAGGCUGCGGGAAAAGGUUUUCUCUGGACUUCAACCUGCGCACACACGUGCGGAUCCACACUGGAGACCGACCCUACGUCUGCCCUUUCGACGGUUGCAACAAGAAGUUUGCGCAGUCAACCAACCUAAAGUCUCACAUUCUCACACACGCCAAAGCCAAAAAUAACCAAUGAGAACCCAUCCACCAGCGUCAAGCCACACAGACGAAAAAAAAAAAGAGCAUCCUGGCGGCACACACGAAACCUCUUUUGAGGACGGAAUGAAACGCUUAAGACUUAUUGAUUUAUAUGAAAACAAUCUGACAGAUUAAAAGACUUAAAAACACUGAAAUUCAGCUAGUUUUCCUGUGUCCCCUUCCUUCUGCUGUCAUAUUGGAUCAGGAACACAGUGACUAGUCCCCAAAUCCCCCGGCCUACACAGUCCCUUUGUUUCUCCAGUGGCACUGAGCUGCCAGAAGAUGGAACUCAUGGACAAACAUCAGAGACUUAUUUUUACCAGAGUGAGGAGAGAAGCAGCAAUCUAUUAGUAUUUUUAUUUUCUCACAUAGCUCUCAUUUUCCUUGAGUGUGCAUAUUGUACACUUGUCUCAGGCUAUGUUCAGUAAAAUGUGAUUAUUAUUUUUUUCCCCACCUGCAUUAUGAGAUCGUACCUAUGAUACAAAUAGCCCCCCCUCGGCCUUGUGUGACCCGUUUCACUUGUAUGAGAAGUUUAAAAACAGCUGUAUGUUUGUAUUUCCAUACCCUCUUCGGUUGUAUUUUUCUCUAACCACAAAAUAACCGUGUAUACUUGUAUUGUAUGGCUGUAUUGAAAUUACGUAGACAUAGAUAGAGGUGUGAUUUAAAGUGUUAACCAAUGAAACUUUUAGUCAUGAGUUGCUUUAUAUUUUCUAUGAACUGUCUUUACACAAACGAAUGAGUAAUAUAAACUUGGUCACAGCGUGUCUCAGUUGAAGCAUCUGGAGCGUACACUGAAUUGACUGCGAGACCAUCACUUACUUUGUCAGAAUGUAAUGUACAGACGUCAACCAUUAACUUCCUUUGUUGAUAUUUACACCCAUGUAUCUCAACUGCCCACAAUAAAAUGGCUCAUUCAACCCUGUCGAAAUAUA